AUGACAAAGAAACCAGACGAUGAAGACCAGAAAUUCCUCUUUGGCGAAAAGGACUUCAAAGGCAGUGUGGGCCAGGCGGACUGGUCGGCCAAGAAGCUGGUGUGGAUCCCAUCUGACAAAGAUGGCUUCGAGUCGGCCAGCGUCAAGGAGGAGAAGGGCAACGAGGUGACGGUCGCGUUGGACAACGGCGUGAAGAUCACCAUCAACAAGGACACCAUCCAGAAGAUGAACCCGCCAAAGUUCAACAAGGCCGAGGACAUGGCCGCGCUGACCUACCUGAACGAAGCCUCGGUGCUCCACAACCUGAAGGAGAGGUACUUCUCAGGCCUUAUUUACACAUACUCGGGCUUGUUCUGUGUGGUGGUGAACCCGUACAAAAUGCUGCCCAUCUACUCAGAGAAGAUCAUUGAGUUGUACAAAGGCAAGAAGCGGCAUGAAGUGCCCCCUCAUAUCUACUCCAUCACAGACAACGCAUACAGGAACAUGAUGCAAGAGCGUGAUGACCAGUCCAUCUUGUGCACAGGGGAGUCAGGAGCUGGCAAGACGGAGAACACCAAGAAGGUCAUCCAGUACCUGGCAACGGUGGCCUCCUCGCAGAAGACCAAGAACAUCUCUGUGAGUACCAGCACCAAUGCCUUUCUCCAAUACGGAGAGUUGGAGAAGCAGCUCCUACAGGCAAACCCCAUUCUGGAAGCCUUUGGAAAUGCCAAGACCAUCAAGAAUGAUAACUCCUCCAGAUUUGGAAAAUUCAUCCGUUUGAACUUCGACGUGACAGGCUUUCUUGUCGGAGCAACAAUUGACACAUAUCUGCUGGAAAAGUCCCGCUGUGUGAGGCAGGCCAAGAACGAGAGAGCUUUCCACAUCUUUUACUUCAUGGUUGCAGGGGCCAAAGACAAAAUGAGAGAGGACCUUCUUGUUGAGAGCUUCAGCAACUAUGGUUACCUGAACGCCGGACAUGUGCAGGUUCCAGGCAUAGAGGACGACGAGAUGUUUGAAGAAACCCUUGAGGCCAUGGCUGUGCUGGGCUUCAGUGAGGAUGAACGAGUUGGCAUGUUCAAGGUGGUGUCCACCGUGCUUCACCUUGGCAACAUCGAGUUCAAGAAGGAGAAAAACCAGGAGCAGGCUGCCAUGCCUGACACCACAGCCGCCCAGAAAGUGUGCCACCUGCAAGGCAUCAAUGUGACGGACUUCAGUCGAGCCAUCCUCACGCCCAAGAUCAAGGUGGGCCGCGAGGUGGUGCAGAAGGCACAGACCAAAGAGCAGGCUGACUUUGCUAUUGAGGCUUUGGCUAAGGCCAUGUAUGACCGGCUGUUCAAGUGGAUCCUGGCCCGCGUCAACAAGACUCUGGACAAGACCAAACGGGCAGGAUCCUCCUUCAUCGGCAUCUUGGACAUCGCCGGCUUUGAGAUCUUUGAGGACAACUCCUUUGAGCAACUGUGCAUCAACUACACCAAUGAGAAGCUGCAGCAGCUGUUCAACCACACCAUGUUCGUGCUGGAGCAGGAGGAGUACAAGCGCGAGGGAAUCGAGUGGAACUUCAUCGACUUUGGCCUGGACCUGCAGCCCUGCAUUGAGCUCAUCGAGCGGCCGAAUAACCCUCCGGGCAUCCUGGCCCUGCUGGAUGAGGAGUGCUGGUUCCCCAAGGCCACUGACACCUCCUUCGUGGACAAGGUCCAGAACACUCACAGCGGCCACUGCAAAUUCGCCAAGCCCAAACAGCACAAGGAGAAAACCAUGUUCUCUGUUCUGCACUAUGCCGGCAAGGUUGAUUACAACGCUGCAGCCUGGCUCACCAAGAACAUGGACCCUCUGAAUGACAACGUCACAGCACUGCUCACCAACUCAUCCAGCGCCUUCAUACAAGACCUGUGGAAAGACACGGACCGGGUGGUGGGUCUAGAGCAGAUCACCAAGAUGUCGGAGAGCUCCAUGCCCAGCUCGGGCAAGUCCAAGAAAGGCAUGUUCCGCACGGUGGGCCAGCUCUACAAGGAGUCCCUGGGCAAGCUCAUGACCACCCUCCACAACACCACGCCCAACUUCGUCCGCUGCAUAAUCCCCAACCAUGAGAAGAGGGCAGGUAAGAUGGAUGCCAACCUGGUGCUGGAGCAGCUCCGCUGUAACGGCGUGCUGGAGGGCAUCAGGAUCUGUCGCCAAGGGUUCCCCAACCGCGUCGUCUUCCAUGAGUUCCGCCAACGUUAUGAGAUCCUGGCCUCCAGUGCUAUUCCCAAGGGCUUCAUGGAUGGAAAACAGGCCUGCACUCUUAUGAUUAAGCAUCUUGACCUGGACCCCAACCUGUACCGCAUUGGCCAGAGUAAGAUGUUCUUCCGCACGGGGGUGCUGGCCCAGCUGGAGGAGGAGAGAGACUUGAAGCUCACCGUGGUCAUCAUAGCCUUUCAGGCCCAGGCACGAGGCUUCCUGGCCCGGAAGGCCUACAGUAAGAGACAGCAGCAGCUCACGGCCAUGAAGGUUCUCCAGAGGAACUGUGCCGUGUACCUCGUCCUCCGCAACUGGCAAUGGUGGAGGCUCUUCACUAAGGUGAAGCCAUUGCUGCAGGUGACCCGUCAGGACGAGGAGAUGUCACAGAAGGAGGAGGAGCUUGCGAAGGCCAAGGAGGUGGCCCAGAAGUCUGAAGCCCUGCUGAAGGACAUCAAGCAGAAACAUGACAAGCUGGUGGAGGAGAGGACUCAGCUGGAAGCGCGGCUGCAGGCGGAGACGGAUUUGUACGCGGAGGCGGAGGAGAUGCGCGUGCGGCUGGAGACCAAGAAGCAGGAGCUGGAGGAGGUGCUGCAGGACAUGGAGACCCGUCUGGAGGAGGAGGAGGAGAGGAGCAUCGCCCUGCAGCAGGACAAGAAGAACAUGGAGCAGCAACUGCAGGACGUGGAGAAGCGCUUGGCCGAGGAGGAGGAUGCCAAGCAGAAGCUGCAGCUUGAGAAGGUCUCUGCAGACGGGAAGAUCAAGAAGCUGGAGGACGACAUCUGUGUCAUGGAGGACCAGAACAACAAGCUGCUGAAGGAAAAACAAAUGAUGGAAGAAAGGUUGGCUGAUAUCAGCUCCAACUUGGCUGAGGAAGAGGAGAAAUCCAAGAACCUCACCAAGCUGAAAACUAAACACGAGUCCAUGAUAUCUGAUCUCGAAGUGCGCUUUAAGAAAGAGGAGAAAGCUCGACAGGACCUGGAGAAGGCCAAGCACAAGCUGCAGGGAGAGUACGGUGACCUCCAGGACCAGCUGGCGGAACUCCAGAACCAGAUAGCAGAGCUGCGGGCCCAGCUGGCAGCCAGGGAGGAGGAGCUGCAGGGGGUAGUGGCACGACUGGAGGCCGAGUCUACCCAGAAGGCCAACGCCCUGAAGAAGAUCCGCGAGCUGGAGGGCCUGAUCUCGGAGCUCCAGGAGGACCUGGAGGCGGAGCGCAGCAACCGGGAGAAGGUGGAGAAGGCCAAGAGGGACCUGGGGGAGGAACUGGAGGCCCUCCGGACCGAGCUGGAGGACAGCCUGGACACCACCGCCGCACAGCAGGAACUCAGAGCCAAGCGUGAGCAGGAGGUGGCGAUGCUGAAGAAGGCCAUGGAGGAGGAGGGCCGUCACCACGAGUCCCAAGUGCAGGACAUGAAGCUCAAGCACAGCCAGGCGCUGGAGGCCCUCAGCGAACAACUGGAGCAGACCAAACGGGUGAAGGCUAACCUGGAGAAGGCCAAGCAGACCCUGGAGAAGGAGUCAGCUGACCUGAGCUCAGAGCUGCACUCGCUGGGCAACGCCAAGCAGGACGUGGAGCACAAGAAGAAGAAGGUGGAGAGCCAGCUCUCUGACUUGCAGUCCCGCUUCAGCGACUCCGAGAGACAGAAGAGUGAACUUGGGGACCGUGUCUCCAAACUAACGAUGGAGGUGGACAAUACCACUGCUCUGUUGAACGAGGUUGAAGGCAAGAACAUUAAACUGGGGAAAGACGUGUCCAGUCUGUCCUCCCAACUACAAGAUGCCCAGGAGAUGCUGUCUGAGGAGACUCGGGCGAAGCUGAACGUGUCGACGCGCCUGAGGCAGACGGAGGACGACCGCAACAGCCUCCUAGAGCAGCUGGAGGAGGAGACGGAGGCCAAGAGGAACAUGGAGAGGCAGCUCUCCAGCCUCAACAUGCAGUUGUCUGACACCAAGAAGAAGCUGGACGAGGUGUGCGGCAACCUGGAGUUCAUGGAGGAGAGUAAGAAGCGUCUCCAGAGGGACCUGGAGGCGGCCAGCAGCGAGUACGAGGAGAAGGAGGCCGCCUACGACAAGCUGGACAAGGCCAAGAACCGGCUGCAGCAGGACCUGGAGGACCUGCUCAUAGAUCUGGACAACCAGAGGCAGCUGGUCUCCAACAUGGAGAAGAAGCAGAGGAAGUUUGACCAGCUCCUGGCUGAGGAGAAGACCAUUUCCUGCAAGAACGCUGAGGAGCGUGACCGUGCAGAGGCGGAGGCGCGGGAGAAGGAGACCAAGGCCCUGAUGCUGGCCCGCAGCCUGGAGGAGACGCAGAACUCCCUCAGGGAGCUGGAGAGGGUCAACAAGGGCCUCAAGGUGGAGAUGGAGGACCUGGUCAACUCCAAGGACGACGUCGGCAAAUAUGUGCAUGAGCUGGAGAAGGCCAAGCGCACACUGGAGGGCCACGUGGACGAGAUGCGUACUCACAUGGAGGAGAUGGAGGACGAGCUGCAGUCGGCAGAGGACGCCAAGCUGCGGCUGGAGGUCAACAUGCAGGCCCUCAGGAACCAGUUCGAGAGAGACCUGCAGGGCCGCGACGAGAUGGAGGAGGAGAAGAAGAGGCAGCUGAUCAAGCAGGUGCGUGAGCUGGAGGGGGAGCUGGAGGAGGAGCGUAAGCAGAGGAGCUCCCUGGCGUCCACCAAGAAGAAGCUGGAGGGAGACGUGAGGGACGUGGAGGAGCAGCUGGACUCCUCCUGCAGGGGGCGAGAGGAGGCCCUCAAACAGCUGCGCAAGCUACAGGGCCAGGUGAAGGACAUCCAGAGGGAGCUGGAGGAUGCCCGAGCUGCCCAGAAGGAGGCGCUGAACAACGCCAAGGACACGGAGAGAAGGGCCAAGGCCAUGGAGACAGACUUCAUGCAGCUACAGGAGGAGCUGGCUGCCACUGAGAGGGCUCGCAAGCAGGCAGAGACCGAGAGAGACGAGAUGGCUGAUGAUAUGACCAAUAACUGCGGCAGGUCUCUGAACAGUGAGGAUAAGCGCCGCUUGGAUGCCAAGAUCGCCAGCCUGGAGGAGGAGCUGGAAGAGGAGCAGGGCAACAUUGAGAGCCUCAACGACAAGCUCAGACGCAGCAUGCUGCAGGUGGAUCAGCUGACGACGGAGCUGCAGGGGGAGCGCUCCAUCUCCCAGCGCAGCGAGAACGCUCGGCUGCAGAUGGAGCGGCAGAACAAGGAGCUGCGCGGCAAGCUGCAGGAGGUCGAGGCCCAGGUCAGGUCCAAGUUCAAGGGCUCGCUGUCCUCCAUGGAGGCCAAGAUGAUGCAGAUGGAGGAACAGCUGGACCUGGAGAGCAGGGAGAAGCAGGCCCUUGCCAAGGCUCUGCGUCAGAAGGACAAGAAGCUGAAGGACCUCACUGUUCAGAUGGAGGAUGACCACAAGCAAGCGGAGCAGUACAAGGACCAGGCCGAGAAGUCAAGCGCCCGCGUGAAGCAGCUGAAGCGGCAGGUGGAGGAGUCGGAGGAGGAGUCCCAGCGGGCCACGGCCGCCCGCCGCAAGCUGCAGCGCGAGCUGGAUGAGGCCAGUGAGGCCAACGACAUGCUGACCAGAGAGGUCUCCUCGCUCAAGACCAAACUCAGGCGUGGCAACGACCCCUCUGCCUCCUUCAGCAGUGGUCCUCCUCGGCGCAUUGGUGGUGGAGGUGGUGGUGGUGGCGGCAGCUUGAUGGCGAGUCGCAGGGGGGCGAUGGAGAACCCAGAGGUCAACAGGGAGAGGGAGGUGGAGGAGGAGAUGGAGGUGGGGGGGCGAGCUCGCUCCCGCUCCCCCUCCCUCUCUCCCAUCUCAGAGCCACUGGAGGGGGAGGAGGAGGAUCUGCGGGGGGAGCUGAACGGAACUGCGGACUACGAUUAGAACCUUGCUCACACUACCCUUGACUCACCAGUACCCGGCCACGCUGCAUUUUCUUGUUCAGCCCUUUCCGGGAUCCUGGCCAUUGUAAUGGGGGUAUGGUUUGUUUACAGUUUUUUAACGUGUUAAUGUACUCCAAGUAUCAUCCCAAACAGGGCUGUAUUAAAAACACUGUGGUGCCCCCGGGCACUACACAUUGCAGGUGCCCACUUUAUGAACAAUAUUUGUAAAGUUUGUGUCGUCUGGUGCCCCCUAACUGUCAGUAAAUGGUUGGUGCCCCUGGGCACUGUGCCACUGGCCCUUAUGCAUAAUCAGGCCGCGAUCCCAAAAGAUACACAACACCAGAACACAUCUUGCAACAUAGCAAAUAGUUUUUGGAUGAUAUUUGUAGAUGCUAUUAAAAAAACACAAACAACCCAUGCCCCUUUUAGAAUUGCCAGGGUCUCAGGCAGGGCUGGACAAAAAAAUGCUGCGUCGCCAAGGGUACUGACGAGUUCAAGGUAGCGUGAGCAAUACAACUGCAUGUUGAAAUUGGCAGGAAUUCUCCUUUAACCCUUCCUACUGUUCUGAAUGAUUCAACUAUAAAAAUAUUAGUAAAUUAUGAUUUAGGUAGGCCGCUGAGGAAUCCAGGACUUGUGGUUCUGGUUUCAGAUAGUCCCAGAUCUCAGGUCCGAAACUGAAGUCCUAUCAAAUUGUUUUAGCCUGCUUCUAAACAACUAUUCUAUUUAUAAUCACGCCAAACCAUAAUCAUACUUUUACCAAUUAGCUUAUACCACUCGUGUCUAGCACUAUAAGUGCAUAUUUUAUUUAUUUAUUCUAAUUUUUGGAGUUUAUCUUUCUUUGAGGUUUUCAAAAACAGUGCUUUUAAAGCCAACAUUAAUGCAUGUUUGAUACUAUGGGUGUUAAAAGCACAAUGUUAAUCUGUUAUUCAUACCAACAAGUUCUUUGUAAUGGUACAAAAUCACCAUUAAGCGACCACGACGUGCUGAUGAGUUGAAGUUUGUGUAAACCCUUCACGCUUACCUCCACACUUCACUGAGAAAAUAAAUUGAUUUCAA